GAUACUCGAAUCAACACUAAUCAUAUUCUUAAUAACACUAGUGAUACUCUGAAGAACACUAAUGAUACACUGAAUAACACUAAUCAUAUUCUGAAUAACACUAAUGAUACUCUGAAUAACACUAAUGAUACUCGAAUCAACACUAAUCAUAUUCUGAAUAACACUAAUGAUACUAUGAAUAACACUAAUGAUACUCAAAUCAACACUAAUCAUAUUCUGAAUAACACUAAUGAUACUCUGAAAAACACUAAUGAUACUCUGAAUAACACUAAAGAUAUUCUGAAUUACACUAAUGACAUUCUGAAUAACACUAAUGAUACUCUGAAUAACACUAAUGAUACUCGAAUCAACACUAAUGAUUCUCUGAAUAACACUAAUGAUACUCUGAAUAACACUAAUGAUAUUCUGAAUAACACUAAUGAUACUCUGAAUAACACUUAUGAUACUCUGAAUAACACUAAUGAUACUCUGAAUGACACCAAUUUUACUCUGAAUAACACCAAUUUUACUCUGAAUAACAUCAACAUUACUCUGAAUAACACCAAUUUUACUGAGAUCUGUUUUUGGAACCGUCCUAAAUUACAAUUUGGUCACAAGUCAUUGUUCAUCAGAAAAUAGACAAUGGUUUAUCAUCAUUUACGAUCAAAACGAAACCCUGAGUAACACCAAUGUUACUCUGAUUAACACCAACUGUACUUAUAACACACCAAUGACACCAGUUAACCAUGUUAAACUGACCCUGUUAAAUACAAAGUGAUACGAGAAAAACAUACAUUGCACAUGGAGUAUAUUCAUAGCAAAAAUUAUUUGUACAUGGAAUAAGAAUAAAACUGAAUGUUACUAAUUAUUUACACUGAAUAACACCACCUUAAUACACUGAAUGCCACUGACCUACACUGAAUAACACCACAUUAAUACAAUGAGUGUCACUGAAGUACAUAGAAUAAAACCACCUUGAUACACUGAGUGUCACUGAUCUACACUGAAUAACACCACAUACACUGAGUGUCACUGAAGUACACUGAAUAAAACCACCUUGUAUUGAUACACUGAGUGCCACUGGUCUACACUGAAUAACGCCACCUUGGUACACUGAGUGUCACUGAUUUACACUGAAUAACACCACAUUGUUACAAUGAGUAUGAAAAAUGACUCUGGGUAUAUUACAUUUAGUCAAUAUUGAUACAAAGGUAGCUCCUGUACAUAUCGUAAAUUAUUGUACAUAAUUAGUGUAAAUAAUUAUUGUAUAUAUCCCACUUUUGAAUAAUAAAAAUUCUACAUCUUACAAUAAUAUUCAGAUCUUAAAACACCCGGCCCUAAUUUAGCUUUUGGGCUUUAUGGUAAAUUAAGGAUUUUUCAACUUUACAAUUCACAGACCUUGAUAUAAUUGUGAAAUUGACAUGAAUAAAUUCCUUCGUAAGAAGGGAGAUAUGCUGAGUG